AUGGCUCUAUGUGCGUGUUGUUCAAAAGUCUCUACAGCAGAUUCACUUGUUUUAGGGGCUAUCCAGAUUAUGAUUGGCAUCUUUAGUGUUUUAAUGUGGUAUCUCCUAUUGAUUUUGUAUAUGGGACAAAUUAAAGGAGUCUUUGGGACAUAUGAACCUAUAACUUACAAAACAGGAUGUUCUUUAUGGGGAAUGAUUUUUAUCAUUUCAGGAGUCUCUAUAAUAAGAGUAGCAAAUCAUCCAUCUCAACGCCUGUUUACCUGUGCUAUGAUCAUGAACAUCUUAUGCAUAAUUGUUGCAAUUAUUGCGAUGGUUCUAACAGUAAUGGAGUUGUCUUCUUUUGAAUCUGUGUCAUAUAGGAAUUAUGGACAAGCGAAACUUGGGAGAGAAAUUUCACGUGUUUUACUGGGCUUCUACCCCUUGGAAUUGUGUAUUGCAUUCACAUACACGAUCUUCAGCUGUGUUGGUUUGUGUCGCGAAAGUGAAGAUGUUAAUACGACUAUUUCAGAGGAAGUUGAGAGUGCUUUAUAA